AUGCUUCCAAAAAUCUUCGUCGCAACGGUGCUCGCUGGCGUCAUUCGCGCACAAAGCCAAUCCGCCGUGGCUCUUACCCCUUCAACCGACUGGUACGGCGUGGAUGGCAACUGGUCAACGGUGAAGUUCCAAGUCGGCACGCCUGGGCAGUCUGUCAAUGUUCUUGCGAGCACGUCCUUGUCCGAAUUCUGGGCGAUUGGGGCCGGUGGCUGUCUUGCAAACGAGCCCCUCUGCAAUAGCGCCAGAGGCAAUGUUUUCACUAGUGCCGACUCGAAAUCCUGGAAUCCGCUGGGCGCAUGGCAGCUUGGUCUUGAUUAUCUUGGCUACGGGGGCAACGGCGACUAUGGACUGGAUAAGCUUUCAUCCACGCUUUUGACUGGGAAUAGAAUGAGCAUGGACAACAUUGUAACCGCAUCAAUCAACAGCACCGACUACUAUCUUGGAUAUCUCGGACUCGGCAUCACCAAAGGAAGUUUUGGCGACCAAGUUGCCGAGUCACCCCUAACGCAGGCGGUCAAGAAUUAUGGAUUGAUUCCUAGUUAUAGCUACGGCUACACUGCCGGCGCCUACUACAAGGGCAUAUCUGGCACACCGUGCUCUGUGACUUUGGGAGGCUACGACGCAAGCCGUUUUGUCCCGCAUAACAACGAGUUUUCUCUGGAUCCCAGCGACGGUCUGCCUCAUGCCAUGGUUCGUGGUGUUGAAGUUACUGUGCCUCAAGGCAAGGGAAUGCCGAGCGGCUGGGAUACCAAGACGAAGAUUUUGUCCAACAUGUCAACGUCUUUCAGUGCCAUGAUCGACAGCUCGACCCCCUUUCUUUGGCUCCCUGACACUAUUUGCGAUGAAUUUGCUAGCGCCUUCAACCUGACUUACAACAACACCUUCAACCUAUACACUCUCACCGACGAACAGUAUGCCGACUUUAUGGCCGGCGCCUCUUCCUACUCGUUCACUUUUUCCUUUUCUAGCCACGACAAUAGCGAUGACUUUGGCCACCCUCUCACCGUGCCAGGCGUGGUCAACAUCACAAUCACAGCUGCAGCCUUUGCGCAAGUAUUGCGAUAUCCAUUUCAGAGCGAGACAAUCAAAUACGGCGAACCCUCGGUGCCUUACUUUCCUCUCCGAAGAGCGUCCAACUUGACCAACACGUUCAUCAUUGGAAGGUCAUUCCUCCAGGAGGCUUACUUGAUGACCAAGUACGACACGGGUGUCUUCUCUAUUCACCAAGCCCUGUUCCCGGAUGAGCCUUUGCAAUCGUUCCAGCUAAAGAGCAUUGCGCAGCCAAGUAAUAGCCCAUUUCCACCGCCGGCCCAGGUGAACUCUAAUACCGGUCUUUCGACGGCGCAAAUGGGUGGUAUUGCAGCAGGCGUGAUAGCCGCUUGCCUGAUCAUGCUUGCUUGUUUCUUUUGUCAUCGCCGCCGCCAGAAGAAGACGCAGGAGGCGGCAAGAUCGUUGGAAGAUGGGAAAGAUGCAGCGUCGUCCAUCAUGCCAGAACCUCCGAGAAGCCCCAUGGCCAAGUUCUUCACAAAAAUACGUGGCAAAAAGAAGGCUCAGCACGUAUCGACACACGAAGUUAUGGGUAGCACGGCCCAGCCGGUAGAGGUUGCGGCUGAUGCUAACCAUGCAGUGUACGAGCUACCAGCACCGAUAGGUCCGAUCGAGCUGGACGGCGAUGACAACAAGUCGGUUCAUGAGCACACUGGACUUGGUACAGAAGACACGCAAAAUGUGAGCGCAUACGACCUGGCGAGAAGGAAGGUGGAAUUUCAGCUGCAGGGCCCCGUUCCUGCGUACUCCCCACCAGAGAACCCGGCCGACUUCCCUCCCGUGGAGAAGCCGAUGCAGCACAUGAGCCCUGUCGCAACUUUCAGGCCUGAAGAGUUUGGGCUGCUGACUGCUUCGUCUCCGGCGUCUGCCUCUCCACCUUCAUCUCCAACAGUGUGCGAGAACUCCUCAUCGACACAUGGUUCAUUGCCGUCGCCAAUGAGCCCCCGUGUCGGAGAGUGGACGAACGGCCUAUCUGAUCUUCCAUCACCCCUGACAGAAGGACCGUCAUACCCGUCGCCAACCUUCACAGUCAGCAGCCCCGGUAACACACUGCCUCAGCCUGUGUCCCCCGAGAGCGAGGCGUUCACGGCAAACCGUUCCGCCUUCUCACCUAUGCCGCUAGCCGUUCCCCUAUUCGCCCUUCCUUCUACGCCCCCUUCAACUUAUCAAAGGGCACCGAUCGACCCAUCGAAUAUCGUCUGCUUGGGCCCUUUGCCAGAGAACGUGUCCCUUCCAGAAACCGGGGCGAUUCCCCCUCCGCUUGCGUACACUCAAAUGACCAGCCUAGUCGUCCCCGAUGCGUUGACGAUACAUCGACUUUCAACCGAUACCUUGGGAAGCAACUGGACCGAAUUCGAAGAGGAACUGAUGGCCCAAGACUUGAUGAGACAAGUAAGCCUACCAGAGGAUGGAAGGAGUCAACAAGCGGAACCGAACUCUUGUCUGCAACGCCUCGACGGCUCCGAAUUCAUUCACAUUCCUCAAAUGGCAGAGCGGCGCUACAGUUGGGAGAACUGA